AAUUGAAUGUAAUGGGAGUUGAUAGGCAGGCCAGUAAACUUUAGAGGAUAAGGUGUUAGCAUGCCCACAAUUUUCUCUUUUCUUCCUGAUGCCAAAGCAUUGAUGCCAAAGACAAUGCUGCUCUACAAUUCAAUCAUAAAACUAAUUUUUCGCUUUGCUAUAACAAGUAUUUAAAAAUGGUAACCCUGCAAAACUCACCUGCAUUACCCACAAAAUGGUCUUCAUGCAUUCCUUGCCAGGGUACUUACCUCAGUAGAAGCUCAGGCAUUGCUUACAAAAGAUGUAUUCCAUCCCUUCUUGUUGUUUCUGCACACACAGAGAAUGGUUCAAUUCUUAAACAUGUAGGCGAAACUGGACGUAGGCAAGUGCUAAUAGGGGCAGGGGCAUCUGCUACAAGUAUUUUCUCCAGAAACAUUUCUUUGGCUGUUGAAGUGCCAAGUGGUUAUGAGGUUUACUUGGACAGACAAGAUGGAUAUUCUUUUAUCUACCCAUCGAAUUGGAGGGAUUAUGUAUUUCGAGGUCAGGAUGCAGCCUUUAAAGAUGUAAGAAAAGCUAUGGAAAAUGUAAGGCUUAGUUUUGUACCAACAGAUAAAAAGGACAUCCACGACCUUGGACCACCAGCUGUGGUUAUAAAAAAGUUGAUUAAAGAUCUUUUGGCUACCCCCGAUCAGAGAACACAGAUUUUCAACAUAAAAGAGUAUGCAAUUGAUGGGAAGAACUAUUACAAUUUUGACUAUACGGUUUCAUCUAGAGUAUAUGCUCGCCGUGCUCUCGUGACCCUUGUUAUUGGAAAUGGAAAAAGCUACAUGCUCGAAGUAGGUACAUUGGAACGUCGUUGGAAGAAUAUGGAAGACACAAUGCAAACUAUAUCAAAUUCCUUUACAUUAUUUGAUGUCUAAUAUUACAUUUAAUAUCCACCUUUAGCCAAAACAUUGUUUAAUAACAUACUCAUGAAUUGUUUUUGACAUAAUGGAAUAAAACUAUUUUUAAGAUGCUUCUUAGGGUGAAGAAAAUAAAAUUCCCCACAAAAUUUGUCAAGCAUUACAUAGGUAUUAUUUGAACCCAUUAAAAAAAAAUAGUUAUCUUAUAACAAUGGUUUGACCAUAAGCUCAAAGAACUUGUUUUAUAUAUUAACUUUUUGUAUUCAA